ACUCACUCACUCACUCAUUCACUCAUUGACGAAAACACACACGUGGUUUUUCAGUUGUAUUGUUCUCAAAUCUCCGAAAAAAUUAUCAUUUCUGAGCUAAGGCAAAAAAUUUUUUUUUUUUUUGCAACUUUACACACGAAUCCACAUUUGAAAAAAUAUUUUUUUGAUUUCAUCUUUAAAAAUUUCAAAUCGACAACCGAAAAAUGUCUAUCAACGAACUUGCUUGUGUAUAUGCUUCAUUGAUCCUUCAGGAUGAUGAUGUGGCUAUCACUUCGGAAAAAAUCCAAACAAUUUUGAAAACAGCCAACGUUGAUGUUGAACCAUAUUGGCCCGGUUUAUUCGCCAAAGCAUUGGAAAAUAUCGAUGUCAAAGGUUUGAUUACAAAUGUUGGAUCGGGUGUUGGUGGUGCACCGGCAGCUGCUGGUGUUGGUGGUGCCGUAUCUGCCGCUGCUGCAGGAGGUGAUGGAGCCGCAGCUGAUGAUGCUAAAGAUAAGAAAAAGGAAAAAGAAGCCGAACCAGAAUCCGAAGAAGAUGAUGAUAUGGGUUUCGGUCUUUUUGAUUAAAACAU